AUGGUCGUCGAAACAUCGAAAAAGGCAGACGACAAAGUCGGAGACAACUACUACCAACGGAUUCUUAUCACUGGUUUACGAAGGUCAAUCAUUCCACUAGAGAUAUGGGAUCUUCCUGGAAGCGAAGAUAUACCCGAAACAGAUCUCACUGGCUAUUUACGGGAUGUUCAAGCUGUCGAUCACUGGUUCAAUGCUAUUGCACAGUUUGCAGAUAUGCUUGCUUUUGCAACUGAGGCCAAUGCCGUACAUCUCGUCUUUCAUCUCUUUGUGCACAAGAUGGAGACACUCGCCAACGAAAAUAAGCAAGCCAAGUUCAGCGACGUUCAACGGAGAAUAGCCGACGAAUUGGAAGGUCAAAACCUCCAUGACAGCCCUCUUGCACGGUCCAUGAUGUUUCAUGCGACAUCCAUAUACGACCAUACCAUAUACGAAGCUUUUUCAAAUGUCAUCACCCGCAUGAUACCCACAGACACGCUGGGACAAUACGAAAACCUGCUCAACUCUGUUCACAUCUCAUGUGGAAGUCAAUAUGCUUUCCUCUUUGACUCAAAGGCUUGUCUUCGAGUUUCGGCCAACCAGGAGACACAUGAAAUGCCAACAUUUAGCUUAAGCGUCGAGUAUCUCAAGCUUCUGACCGCAAUGUCUGGGGUCAUCGGUACAGGAUUGCGAGAAGGAGAAUCAGACGGGACCUAUUCGUGCCAAUUAAUAUUGAGCGAAAGCACGAUCGCAUACUGGCAGAUCAACAAGUGGGUCUAUUGGCCGAUUCAUUUCGUCAUAGAAUUUGACGAGGAUGACAGGGAACUGAGUCUCAUAAUGGGACUCUCCUCGCAAGUCUGGAAGGACCUGCGAGGGACCAUCGAAUACAAUGUCCUUCUCUACCGAGAGACACUCUUACAAGUCCUUGAUCUUAUAGAGCAACACAGAAGGGCAGCUUCAGCAUGA